CUUCUGUACUCUAAUGCCAAUCACAACGCAGUGGGCGGGGCUAAAGAGAAAACAGCGGAAGAUUCAAAUCGAAGAUGGCGGCUGGAAAUGAUCCCCACAACAAUCACAAACUGAGCAGAAGCGGGACAAAAUGCAGUGUGUUUAUCAGCCAGGAAAAGCCAAGCACGAGCCAGCCAGUCAUCUUCAACCCAGACUUCUUUGUGGAGAGGCUGAGACAUGAGCAUCCGCAGGCCUUCGAGGAUCUGGUGCUCAGCAACAUCACUCGUCUCAUUGAUCUUCCAGGGGACGAGUUUGCCCAGCUCACAGGAGAGUCAGAGGCUAAGGUGCCCUCCGCCACGGUCUUUCUACGCUCCUUCAACUUCCUGAAACGUAAAGACAAAGGAGUGGUUUUUGGUGCACCAUUAACUGAAGAAGGAAUAGCACAGAUCUAUCAGCUCAUCGAAUACCUGAGUAAAAACCUUCAUGUGGAGGGUUUGUUCCGUGUGCCAGGCCACAGCCUAAGGCAGGCAGCCCUGAGGGAGAUGCUGAAUGCUGGGGCAGAGAUAGAUCUAGAGACAGGGGACUUCCAUCCCAAUGAUGCAGCCACUUUGCUCAAAGCCUACCUGGGAGAGCUGCCAGAGCCUCUGCUCACGCACAGACACUAUCAUGCUCACCUGAAGAUCGGAGAGCUGACUCGCUUUGAUGAUAAAGGGGAGAAGAAGAAUGUGCCUGACAAAGAACGCCAGAUUGAAGCAUUUCAGCUGCUUUUCAUGCUGCUCCCACCAGCGAACCGCACCCUGUUGAAACUGCUGCUGGACCUGCUGUACCACACUGCUCGAAAUCAGCACAUCAACAAGAUGUCCGCUAUCAAUCUAGCCACAAUGUUUGCUCCACACAUCAUCUGGCCCAAAAAUGUGAUGGCAAGUGAUCUGCAGGGAAACAUCGAGCAACUGAAUAAUGGCAUAGCGUUCCUUAUCAGGCACUCGCAGAAACUGUUCAAGGCACCUACAUACAUCAAAGAAUAUACCCACUUGUACUUCACAGGAUCAAAAACUCUUCAAUCAAAGGAUGAUUUGACACUCUGUUCUGGGACUCAAGAUGGGCCCAGACCUGCCUUAACACCCGCCUCCCCUUCUCCUUCCAUGAGAACAAUCAGAGGUGAGGUCAGCACCACCUCCACCACCAGGUCAUUUGAGACCCAGAGUUACACUGAAUCUGCCCUCAGAGAGCUGUACCAGCAGGUCAACAACAUGCCUGAGUCUGCCAAAAAGAAGAAACUCAUCAGACAGUUUGAUAAGCAGCCUUUGCUAACGCCUUCGGCUGACUCACGGACACCCUUCAGCAGGAAACAUUGGCGUUCACGCUCUUUGGGUGGAAUUAUCAAGAGGAAGGUAUUGGGAAGCCAAUUAUUAACAGAGAAAGAAAACGGUAGUCUGCAGAGUCCUCUACCCAGCGGUCAAUCGGUGGCCAGGCAAGAGAAAACACCAACUGUGGAGAAGAUUCUCUUUUAAAAGAAUGGGUUCUUCACAAGGAAACAUCAGGCGGACUGUUACGUUAUGGGUAUUUAAUUAUCCGAGGUGUCGACACAAACUAAACAGUGUAAGGCAACGCAGUGAAGUGUAAGUCUUAAAGGUUGGUAAGAUACGCAAGAAACCAACCAAAUUCCUUUGCAGUCAGGCAAGUUUUACUUGAGCUAGAGAACAUAAAAGGGGUUAAUGGAAAACAGUGAGGAUGUUGCAUGCAUUAUUUUAAGUCAAUGAAACUUACCAGCUUUCUUACCCAGUCUAUUGGCGUUACAUCUUAAAGUCCUUAUUCCUUCCCAACUCACAUGUAUUUGACCAAUGAAUUUGUUUCUAUUUAGCUUUACCAUUGCCUGAAGCAUGUUAAUUUAAUUAGCAAAACCUAAGUAUUUAUUUCUUAUUGGUCUUCUGAUCCUCAGUGCAUCAGAUGUAUUGAUAAAAUGUUGUGUGCAGGCAUUUCUAUUUAAAUUAUAAAUUUGUUUGUAAGUUAAAGUAGGUUUAGUUUGACUCACACAGUCAAUGCAGACCGUUCAAGACAUUAAUUAGAAAAGUGGUAAAUUCUAAGAUGUGCCUUUUAAGGAAUAUAUCCUAAAUUUCUCUUUAAAUUCCAUAUAGCUUUAAGUGUGUGCUGAAAUUCCUAUAAAAAAAUAUAUUCAAGUGUCAGUAAAUUAAGGAAGUGAAGCGAAUGGAGGUUUGGAGAUGCAGAGUAAAAGGCCAAAGGACCAUCUUGUGUAGAUUAUAUAAAUAGUUUUCUCUUUAUUUCAACCAACCCAAACCUACGGUGAUACUAAAGAAUACUGUGAUACUUUAAAACCACUGCUACUUUAAGCUUCAUCUUGUUUUUUUGUUCCAUUUUAGUUUUUCUCAGGUCAGUUUUGAUUCUUAUGCAACAUUUUACCGUUAUAUUGCUUAAUAUGCAUUUGUAUUUUUAAAAUUGUUUAGCUUUUUAGUGCAAGAAAUUUUAUGAUUUUUUUUUGGUCUAUUUUUAUCUUUUAUUUUCAAAGGUUAAUGAAGAGGAAUUUGUUGUUUGCCUUCUGUUGUGGCUGUUUACCCAGGUGCUUUCUUGGAGAGUUUAAGCCACUUAAACCUACUUGUUGUCUUAUUAUUUAAGUAGCAAUUUCCAGAUCAAUUGUCACUCACAUCACCAUGCUGUUACUAUUCAAAUAUUAAUGUGAUGAUUGGUCAACAUGUCAACUGAUGGUAUUGAUGCUACUGUGAAGCUUUGCAACUCUACAACUGCAAUUAAAAGACAUC